AUGUCAAACUGGGGGGGCUUCUUCGGGGACUACGGUAACUGGUUCACCUCCCCCGGUAACCACAUCGCCACAGGAAAUGUAGGAACACACAAUGUGGAUACGAACAUGUCAACGAACCUGGCGGCUGCGGCUGCCACAGCGAACAAUUCCAGCGCUUCGUCAUUUUUUGAAGAUAACCUAGACCCCAGGAUUAGGGAUGGAGGAAAGAAUAGCACAAGUAUCGGAGGGAACCCUCAUGAUAAAAGUCGACAUAAGUAUAAAUUCAAGUACAGCAGAAAGGAUAGAUCCGAUGAGAGAAGCAGGAGUGGAAGGAUGGAUAAUGGAUAUAGGGACCAUAGCAGUAGCAGUGGGAGUAGGGAGCCCGGAAGUGAUAGGGAAAGUAGGGUGAAAAGAGAAAAACUUAAGGAGAAGAAGGGAGAUCGGAAGGAGGAAAUGGGUAGUGCUAACAAUCCAAUCGGUGUUGGAUCAUGUGCUCAUCCUUGUGGGAGUGCUCAGGAGGCUUUUUCCUCUGGUGGGUCAGUCCCUAGUGGAGCUUCCCCUAUUGGAGCCACCCCUAUUGGAGCUUCCCGUAGUAGUAGCGGAGAAAGCAUCGGCGGAUUCUUCAGCACCCUAGGUUUAGGCAACCUCUUCUCCAACCUAGAAAAUCGAACAUUCUGCAACGAAUAUAAGACAGGGUAUUGCCUCGAUGAGGAGGCAAAGAAAGUUCUACAGAAGGAUGGAGAUUCUUCUUCGAAAAACUCUUCCUCAAAAAAAUCAAGCAAAAUAGGCAUAGGUUUAGAUGGGAAAGGGGUAUUUAACAGUGAAUCGCCUGAAGGAAACCCCAUAUGUGUAGACACAACAUAUUACGAUAUCCUAAAUGUUAAGCCCACUGCUACCUUCAGUGAAAUAAAAUCGAGUUAUUAUAAGUUAGCCCUCAAGUGGCAUCCAGAUAAAAAAGGAGAUGAUCCGGAAGCUAAGGUGAAGUUCCAAAAGAUCAAUGAAGCAUAUCAGGUUUUAAGUGAUUCGGAAAGGAGAGCAGAUUAUAAUAAAUAUGGACUGAAUGCAACAAAGGAUAUGGUGGUUAUCGACCCAUCGUUAUUAUUCAUGAUGCUGUAUAGCUCAGAUGAACUAUCCGACUAUGUUGGUACGUUACGUGUAGCAUUUUUCAUAAAAUUAGCAUUCGAAUGUAACAGUACAAUUGAAGAUAUUCAAACACAAGGAGGCAAGAUGUUUUCAGAAAUGGAGGUGGAGCAAUCCAAGAGGGAAAUUGAGUUGGCUCUACUUUUAAGGAAAAGGUUACAACCAUAUGUUGAUGGAGAUACAAAGUGGGUAGAGAGAAUGGAAAAAGAAAUUUCUGAUUUGUUGGAUUCUUCUUUUUCCAGCUCUAUUUUGGAAUCUAUUGGAUGGAACUAUCGUAAUAGUGCCUCAUCAUUUAUUGCUGAGGUGACUACUCUAUGGGGAAUGGGAGCUACUUUGCCUAAUAUACAAGCCCAGAAACGGUCUGUUCAAAACAACUUUGGGUUAGCUACCUCUCUCAUUAGCACCUUCUUCACCAUGCAGAAGAUGGUUGCUUACAACGAAAUGAACGAUAGUCUUGAAGGAGCUGAUUUGGGCGAAGAAGCCAAAGUCAUCUCGGGGGGGAAAGUCAACUGCGAGGAAAAUAAGUUGCAAAAGGAAAAAAUACAGGACAAUGGAAGUGGUAACGUGAGGGACAACGCCAGUGCAGGCUAUUCUAGUGAAGGUUAUUCCGGUGCAGAUCAUUUGGGUGGUAAAACCGCCGGGGGGAAUUUCACGCAUAAAGUCGCAGACAAGUUUAGCGAUUUUUUUGGGGAGAAGCGGAAGGAAAAGAAGAAACAGAAAAAGGAGGAUAUGGAGGGGGCGGAGGGGAUAACCCAGCCAAGUAGAAGCAGUACGGAGUUGGUGGACGAUGGCAUUCCGCAAUCGCAGCAGACUCAUGAUGAUGACACCUCGAAGCGAAAGACAUGUCAGAAGAAAGAUAUGGAUCGAGAAGCUUACCUUGAGAAGAAGAACAAUGAAGCCUUUGCCAUCAUUAUAAAAAAUGUACUUAAGGUUGUUCUGUGGGAUAUUGAAUCCACCGUCAGGAAGGUGGCAGAAAAGGUUCUGCGGGACGAAGGGGUCUCCAUAGAAACAAGGUUGCAAAGAGCCAAGGCGUUAAAACUACUUGGCAAAAUUAUGCUUCGAUUAUCAAAGACAAAAAAGGAUAUGAGCGAUUCCAAGGAAUUCGACGUGAACCAACUUUUCGAGUCGGUCAUUUUGAAAGUCGCGCAAAAAGCUGCAGCCGAGGAGGAGGCCGCGUCCAGGCGUGAGGACGAGGAUUUUUUUAAGCGGGAAUCCUACUAG